AUGGACAACGCCGCUCAAAUCAAGCAUUCUGUGGCGAAAGUCCAGCAGGAAUUGGGUCACAUUCUACGUCUGGUCGAGGGUGUCUCUUUUAGUCCAGAUAUUACCCAAGAUUUCCGAGCUAAGCUCAUCGCAGAGUUCAAUGAUAAGCUACGAGCAUUCAAGGCCAAAAAUCAACUACUUCGGGAUGAAAACUCAAAAUUAAAACAACAAGUAAGUGUAUUGGAGUCAAAGCUUGAAGCUUUUGAGGAACGAAUCGCCAAAUUGCAGCGAUCAGAGGCAGCGAAAUCUGCCUCUUUAGCCAAGCAACGACCUCGUGAGUCUGUAGAGCCCUCAUUGCGAUUGACUACUUCCACGAGCAUGAAGCCACCUCAAGAAAGGCGAUCCAAUAGCAAAAAGGAUUCUCCUAUAUUCUCAAGUCCAAUUAAAGUCAAUGAUGAUUCACAGGGUAAAGGAAAUAAUGUAGUUUUCAAGUCACCCACAAAGAAAACUUCGCCUCGUGAAAUUACUAGCUCUCAAUUUAAUAUGCUCCCAACUCAAUACUCUGAUGCCAGCAGUCUGCCAAAGAAAGAUUUUGAUUUUGCUAAAACGAAGAAAAGAGAGCACUCUCCAGAGAUCAAUUCAGAUGACUCCACUUUGGAAUCCGAGGACAUUGUUGCUGACUCUCAAGAUGAGUUCGAGCCUUUAAAGAUCAAUAGCACCUACGAUGACGGGCCGAAUCCAAUUGACGAGCCGAACUACCCCAGUAACUACACUUCCCUUCAGCGUAUCGAGUUUCUCCGCACAUACUAUCGGCUCAAACUCGAAGAGAAAGAUUACCAAUUUGAUUUGACGAAAAAUCCAAUCACAGAGAAGCCAUGGGCUUUGGAUGACUUUAUUCCUAAUCCAGAAUGGCGCCCGUCAAAAAAACUUAACACAAACCUCGGAGUGAUGACAAAGACACAGGAGCAAAGGUAUCAGGACUUUUUUAAAGAAGCAGGUUUUGGAGCUAAACCCGCUGGUCCGAAAUGGGCCGAUACAAUGGACACCAAAGCUUCUGAAAAUGACGACGAUGACGACGAAUGGGUUCGGUCCCAAAUCAUGGACAAGUACCUGUCGCCUCCAGGGUACAUGGUGGGAGAUUUUAUGAGUACACAAGAGGCAGAGGAAAACAAGGCCAUUUCGAGGCAAAAGAUUCAAGCCAGGGUGAACCGAAGACUAAAGAGUGCUUUCAAUAGGGAGGAGUUUAUAUUCUACGAAGAGGUGUUUAAUUCUGUUGUUCGCGCUGGUCGAGUCAAACGAACACACAAAUAA